GCUGGAGCAGUCGGACACAGUUUGAGGAGACGUGGGCCACUCUGUUGGGAGUGCUGGUCACUCAGCCAAUCACGAUGGACCAAGAAGAGGAAACCCAGCAAGAGGAGGAUAUGGAGAGGACUCAGAUAAAUGUACUGGCGGUUCAGGCCAUCACCUCUCUGGUGCUGAGUGCCAUGACUCUGCCGACAGCAGGAAAUCCAGCCGUCAGCUGCCCUGAACAGCAACCCCGCAACAAAAUCCUUAAAGCUCUGGACACCAGGUUUGGUCGUAAGCUGAGUGUCGUUAGAGGUAUGGUUGAGCGUGAGAUUCAAGCCAUGGUGUCAAAGAGAGACAACAUCGCCACACACUUCCCCUAUCAGGCCUGGGACCCCGUGCCAUCCUUAUCAUCCUCAACGGCAG